AUUUUGCUAAUUUGGCAGUGUUUGUUUUGGUUCUGGCAUUUUAUCGAUUUUACCGGGGUUUUACUGGGAAAAUCGAGGAAAACCCACCUAUAAUUUGUAAUUUAGACAUUCCUCGACAUUUUUAACGUGUAGCGCCGAACCGCAUUUGGGGAUGUCGAAGAGAAGUUCAGACGACUCCGGCGGCGCCUCCGGGGCGCAGCCGCCCAUCAAAAAGGUGCACUUUGAGCCCCACCUCAUCGGCCCAAUUUCCACCCUCGAGGAGAUGGAUAUCAAGGUGCUGCAGUUUCAGAACAAGAAGCUCGCCCAGCGCAUUGAGCAGCGGGUGCGGUGCGAAGCGGAGCUGCGGCAGCGAAUUGAGCAGCUGGAGAAGAGGCAGACGCAAGAUGACGCCGUCUUGAACGUGGUGAAUCGCUACUGGAAUCAGCUGAAUGAGGACAUCCGCGUCCUGCUGCAGCGCUUCGACGCCGAGACGGCCGAUGAGUCGGAGAACAAGAACGAGAAUGAAGUCACGACGUCCUUCCUCACGCAAUUGUCGACUUGGGACAAGGAGGAGUUGGAUGACAAGCUGGCGAAUCGCGUGCAAGUGUCGAAGCGCGCCGUGGCGAAGAUUGUUCAGGUGAUUGAUCGGCUGAUGCAGCGCAAUGAGAAGAUCGCCGUGGCGCUAAAGGGCGGCUCGGGUGAUGAUGAGGAAGUGCCAACUCCUGACAUCGAUGAGACGCUGCGGGAGUCUCAGGUGGCGAUCAUGGAGGAGAAUCGUCAGCUGCAGAACUUCAACACGUCUCUGCAUGAGAAGUAUCACACGAUUUCGCUGAAGAUGUCAGAGCUGCAAGACACGCUCACGGCGAAAGAGACGGAAGCUGCGGAGCUGCGCAAUCAGAUAGACGAUUUGCAGUAUGAACUGGAGAAAGUGAGGUGUCGUAACGAUAAGUUGGAGAAUCACUUGGCUGAGGCCAUUGAGAAGCUCAAGACUUAUCAUCAGAUGCACGGCGAUGCGACAAAGACGGCAGUUGUGAAGACCAAUCCGACCACCAACGUGGCGACUCAGCAUCUGGAGGACAUGGCAAAGGAGUUGGAAGAGUGUCGCGAGCAGGCGAACAAUCGCCUGCAAGAGCUCGAUAAGCUGCAUCAGACUCACAGAGAGACGCUGAAAGAAGUUGAGAAGCUGAAGAUGGAUAUUCGCCAGCUGCCAGAGUCUGUAAUUGUCGAGACGACAGAGUACAAAUGUCUGCAAUCGCAGUUCUCUGUGCUCUACAAUGAAUCCAUGCAGAUCAAGACGAUGCUGGACGAGACGCGAAAUCAACUGCACACCAGUAAGAAUCAGCACUUGAGGCAGAUUGAGAUGAUGGAGAGCGAAGAGUUGAUGGCGCAGAAGAAGAUGCGAAGUGAGAUGAUUCAGAUGGAGGAUGUCUUGGCGCAGAUUCGGAAGGAGUAUGAAAUGCUGAGGAUUGAAUUUGAGCAGAAUAUGGCGGCGAACGAGCAAACGGCGCCGAUAAACAGAGAGAUGCGACACUUGAUCACGUCGCUGCAGAAUCACAACGGACAGCUGAAGGGAGAGGUGCACAGAUACAAGCGGAAGUACAAGGACGCCGCGGCGGACAAUGUGAAGCUGCGCAAGGAGGUGGAAGAGGUCACGGCGAAAGUGAAUGGAUCACAGAGUCGCAGCGUGCUGGCGGCUGAGGGUGAUGUGAAGCAAGAGGGAGGAAGUCAAGUGAAAGAGGAGACUUCGUCUGACGGAUCGGCCAGUGUGAAGGAAGAAGCAGCGACGGGAACAGUUAAGACGGAGUCAGAUGAGAAUGAAGAGGAGGCGGACAACAAGGAUAGUAUUAAGAAGGAGCCAGGAGUGUCGGGAAGUGUGAAGCAGGAGAAAACGGCGACUUCUGCACAGGCCAGUGAGAAGAAGGAUUGUCCCAGCAGUGCGACGGUGACAGUGAAGACGGAGAAGGAGCAGAAGGAUGCCCAGAGAGCGAAAGAUAUGAAAAUUGCAGAAUCUGAGAUGAUGAGGGAUCUCAAGGCGCAGCUGAAGAAAGCCCUGAAUGACCAAAAGGAAAUGAAGCUUCUGCUGGACAUGUACAAGGGAGUGUCGAAGGAGCAACGAGACAAGGUUCAAUUGAUGGCCAUUGAGAAGAAGAAUCGCUCUGAGAUUGAAGAAUUGAAGUUGCAGUUGAAGAAGCUUCAGGAGAGUAAGAGAGAGGAGCGGAAGAAGUUGGCUGACGAGGACGCGCUGAGGAAGAUUAAGCAGCUGGAGGAGCAAAAGUAUGAGCUGCAGAAGCAAGUGGCGAAUCAGAAGCCGAGCGACGGCUCGUGGCCAGGACACUACAGUCGAGGCUUCGUGGGAUCGCAUGAAGAGGAGGCGCUUCUGAACGAGAUGGAGGUGACUGGGCAGGCCUUUGAGGACAUGCAGGAGCAGAAUUCGCGGCUGAUUCAGCAGCUGCGCGAGAAGGAUGACGCGAAUUUCAAGCUGAUGUCGGACCGCAUAAAGGCCAAUCAGAUGCACAAGUUGCUGCGCGAGGAGAAGCAGAUCCUGGAGGAGCAGGUGGCGACGCGCGACACGCAGAUCGAGGCGAUGCACAUUGUGCUGCGGAAGCUGGAGGAGAAGGAGCGCAUCCUGCAGAACACGGUGACGACGAUUGAGAAGGAGCUGGUGCUGCGUCAGCAGGCGAUGGAGAUGCACAAGCGCAAGGCGAUUGAGUCGGCACAGUCGGCGGCGGAUCUGAAGCUGCAUCUGGAGAAGUAUCAUGCGCAGAUGAAGGAGGCGCAGCAGGUGGUGGCGGAGAAGACCAGCUCGCUGGAGGCGGAGGCGUACAAGACGAAGCGCCUGCAGGAGGAAUUGGCGCAGUUCAAGCGCAAGGCGGAGCGCAUGAAGAAGAUCGAGAUGACGGGCACGACCAUUGAUGAGGUGAUGCUGGAGGAGAUUCGGGAGUACAAGGAGACGCUCACGUGUCCGUCGUGCAAGGUGAAGCGCAAAGACGCCGUACUGUCCAAGUGCUUCCACGUCUUCUGCUACGACUGCCUGAGGACGCGCUACGAGACGCGGCAGCGCAAGUGUCCCAAGUGCAACUGUGCGUUCGGGGCGAACGACUAUCAUCGCCUGUAUUUGUCCACUUAGGCGUGCGCCCAGAGAUUUCCAGGAUCUCGUAUUUGCUGCAUUGCUAGGUUUAACGUACAUUCACAUGAGAAUGCUGCUUGGAAGAAGCAUCCCUUUUGCAUCCCCAUUCAUAAAUGCUUGAUCGCGGCAAUUGAGAGAAAUCUCCUUUUUAUUUAUUGACGCGGAGGAACAUGAAUUUCUUUUGUCAAAAAUUGUAGAGCAAGUCUCAAUAUGAAAUAAAUCGUAUUAGAAUACAUAAAUGGGAAUUU